AUGUUCAGCUACCAUGUGGAGCUCCUGCAGCUCGACCCGCAGGACCUUCUCUCGAGCUCUGCCACGGGCAUCGUGCUUUACUUCACCCAACGCGGCGCACGCUGCCGUUGUGAAAAGGUUCCCUCGCAACACACCGCUCAGUCGUUUUUACCGUCGGAUCGGCUGAUUUUUCAGCUCGAAGGGGGCAAGGAGGGCGGCCUCGUCGUCGGCGGCCCCGGGCGAGAAGUGGGGGCGUGUUGGGUACCCCUCCAGGAGGCGAAUCCAUCGAAUGGGGGGGCGAUCCCCCCGUGCGUUUCCCCACCUCGGGUGUUUGUUUUAUGGGAGGUGGUUCCUCUCGUUGACGUCCCUCCUUCCAGGCCGCUCUCCGAGCAAAAAGGAGAGGGGAUAUCCGAGCCAAACGCGAUAUCCACGGGUGGUUUUACGUCCUCCUAUCCUGCUCCCCUUCCUUCCGCGGAUGGGGUGGAAAACGAAAUGGCAAAGACCCCUGCCGUGGGUUUGACGGUUUCUCCUCCAGCGGUAUCUUCGGUAGGGGAGAUCGGGCGGCGCGUGGAGGGCAAAGAAACUCUUCUACAUCCCUCAAAUAACGUCGAGGAGGUCAGAGCGAAUCAAAAGGAGGAGCGGGUGAUGGAUUUGGCCAAACCUACCGUUCAGGAUCCUCCUCGUACGUCGAUGGAAGGUUCUUUAGUGGAUACAACGCGAGCGGAUGCGGCCUCAUCGCGGCGCUCUCCCUCCCCUUAUCGCCCUAGUUCGAUUACACAUCGGGACCCACACGAUGAAAGGGAGGGCAAAGAGGGGGGGAACCCGCUUCGGAUGGGUUCGGUGAGCACUCUUAAUACGGCGCGAGAAGGUUCUCUUUUAAACUCCGUGGUCAACGAUGAGGAUGGGGCUGGUUUCGCUUCUAAGUUUUCCGAGCCGCAUACAGAAAAUCCGAGCGAGCGGAAGGCGCGCGGUAAGUCUCGCCAUACCAGUAUCCUCGUCAGAAGCAAGGAUCCCGUGGCGAGCGAGAGGAGGAGUAGGGUAUCGAGUGAAAAUGCGAGUAUCUCGACCUUGCACACGUCCGAGAAUGACGCCCCCGAUGACAAGGAAGCCGCGUUAUUUCCAGCGUUAACCGAGCAGAAAGCGAAAUAUCCGAAUCGUGAUGAACUAGAAGGAGGCAGGCCGCGUGGUUUCAUAAACUUUUACGCCACGAGCACCCAGGGCCGUCUUCCUCUUGCGGUCGCGUAUCGUAACCUCUACACUGCCCCCGCCUUAUCUUCCCUUCAGGAUCCUGAAGUUCAGGCCUUUUUAGCCGAGCCCAUCGCAGAGAACCCUUCAAAUUUGUAUACCCAAGAGGGCUUGACGAAUUCCACGAAGGACUUCCCGUUUCAGUGGUUGGAUACGUCGGCGUUGGCGAGCAUCCGUCGUGAACAGCGUGGGGAGCGGCAUCCGCAAGGCUCUCCCGAGGGAGAGGCGGGCACGACGCUUUUACCUCGUGAAACGACAAACACAAAUCCCCUCGUGGGAGGGGUGGGGAGCACCGCGGGAGAGGAUGACAGGAUACACGCCACGCCUCGUGAGGUCGGUGAAAUCCACCACCACCCCAUUUAUGCCAACCUUACCCAAGAGGCUAUGGUUUAUCGAUAUAAGGCGGACGUCUUCAACGCGACGGAGGAGAAACCGAUUCGCUAUUCCGACAUACCCUAG